UCCCCGGCCUGGCGGCUGCGGCGUCUCCUACCGGCGACGGCGGCGGCGGCGGCGCGAGCGGCCAUGGAGGCGGGCGCCGGGGCCGGCGCCACGGGCUGGAGCUGCCCAGGCCCAGGACCCACAGUGACCACUUUAGGCUCCUAUGAGGCAUCUGAGGGUUGUGAAAGGAAGAAGGGCCAACGCUGGGGGUCCCUGGAGCGGCGGGGGAUGCAAGCAAUGGAAGGGGAAGUGUUGCUCCCUGCUCUCUAUGAGGAGGAAGAGGAGGAGGAGGAAGAAGAGGUGGAAGAAGAGGAAGAACAGGUGCAGAAAGGGGGCAGCGUGAGCUCCCUAUCCGUCAGCAAGCACCGGGGCCUGAGCCUCACGGAGACAGAGCUGGAAGAGCUGAGGGCUCAGGUGCUACAGCUGGUGGCAGAGCUGGAGGAGACCCGGGAGCUGGCGGGGCAGCAUGAGGACGACUCCCUGGAGCUGCAGGGGCUCCUGGAGGAUGAACGUCUGGCCAGCGCCCAGCAGGCAGAGGUGUUCACCAAGCAGAUCCAGCAGCUCCAAGGUGAGCUGCGGUCUCUGCGUGAGGAGAUUUCCCUGUUAGAGCGUGAGAAAGAAAGUGAACUUAAGGAAAUAGAACAGGAGUUGCACUUGGCCCAGACUGAGAUCCAGAAUCUGAGGCAAGCAGCAGAGGAUUCCGCGACCGAACAUGAGAGUGACAUAGCAUCCCUGCAGGAGGAUCUCUGCCGGAUGCAGAAUGAACUUGAUGACAUGGAACGCAUUCGGGGAGAGUAUGAAAUGGAGAUCACCUCCCUCCGUGCAGAAAUGGAAAUGAAGAGCUCUGAUCCAUCCAAUAGUUUAAAUCUUUGCGAUUACUCUGAGAUGCAAGAAGAGCUGCAGCAACUGCGGGAACGCUACCGCUUCCUGAACGAGGAGUACCGGGCCCUGCAGGAGAGCAACAGUAGCCUCACAGGGCAGCUUGCGGAUCUGGAGAGUGAGAGGACACGAAGAGCAACAGAAAAGUGGCUGGAGUCCCACAUGCUAAAGGAUAUGAUGUCAGCAGAGUCUCAGACUUCAGAAGUGGAUUUUCUAGAACCUGAUCCUGAAACCCAGUUGUUGCGACAACAGCUUCUGGGAGCUGAAGAGCAGAUGCAUGACAUGCAGAACAAGUGUAAGGAGCUGUGUUGUGAGUUGCAAGAACUACAGCAUCAUCGUCGGACCAGUGAGGAGGAGCAGCGGCGGCUGCAGAGGGAGCUCAAGUGCGCGCAGAACGAGGUGCUCCGGUUUCAGACUUCCCACAAUGCCACACAGAACGAGGAGCUGAAGACCAGACUCUGUGCCCUGCAGAAAAAGUAUGAUGCUAGCCAGGAUGAGCAGAAUGAGCUCUUGAAGGUGCAGCUCCAGCUUCAGUCUGAGCUCCGGCAGCUCAAAGUCUUGAAAUCCACAGGCGUAGAAAGCCCAAGUGAGAAGGAGUUACUCUGCCGGCUCCAGAAGCUGCAGCUCCAAUACCAGCACAUCACGUGCGAGAAGGAUAAGCUGCUGGAGGUGCAGCGUCAGCUGUGCGGGGACCUGCACUACCAUGAGGCUGAGGUACAGCGCCUCAAGGACAUCGUGGCCUCCUUCCAGGAGAGCAGUGAGAAGAAUGCAGAGAUGCACGCCCAGCUUCAGGAGAUGAAGCGGCUGUACCAGACCAGCAAGGAGGAGCUGGAGCGGCAGAAGUACAUGUAUGAUCAGCUCGAGCAGGACCUCCUGCUCUGCCAGCAGGAGCUGAAGGAGCUCAAGACCACCACACCCAUCCCAGAGGACAAGGGGAAGUGUGCUAAUAAGUGUGACGCUCUGCUGUCCAGACUGACAGAAUUGCAGGAGGAGUACAAGGCCAGCCAGAAGGAGAUGGGGCAGCUGCAGAUGGAGCAGUGCGAGCUCCUAGAGGAUCAGAGGAGGACGCAGGAGGAGCAGGGGCAGCUGCAAGAAGAGCUGCACAGGCUCUCGUUCCCACUGCCCAAAGCCGGGCUCCUCCCGAAGAGUCAGGAGCUCCUUACAAAGUUACAAGACCUGUGUGAACUACAGCUGCUCUACCAAGGAAUGCAGGAAGAGCAGAAAAAACUGGUGCAGAAUCAAGAAAGCAUGCUCAAGGAACAGUCAGCUCUGCACGAAGAGCUGCAUUUUUUCAAAACGUCUCGUUUCCGGGAUGUGUUGGAGAAUCUCGAUGAUUCCAAAUCACCUAAGUCCUCCAAGUGUGACAAGUCCAAGCUGAUCAUCGCCCAGAUGCAGGCUCUGCAGGCGCUCUAUGAAGGCACGCAGGCUGAGCAGGAGCUGCUGCAGCAGGAGCAGGGCAGGCUCCUCGAGGAGCGGAAGAGGCUGCAGGCCGACCUGCAGCUCUGCCUGGAAGAAAUGCAGCUGCUCCAGGUCCAGUCCCCCUCCAGCAGAAUGAGCCUGGGGAAGAACCAUGGCAGCGUGGCCUCCAGCAGCGAGAACUAUCGCAAGAGUUACGGGAGCAGCGUCGAGGAGAGCGAGAGCUAUCACAAGAGCUACGGUAGCACCCAGGCCAGCAGUGAGAGCUUUCUCAAGAGCUAUAACAGCAGCAGCAGUGCCCAGGAGAGCAGUGAGAAGAAUUAUGGCAGCAGAAGCAGCAGCGUCAUCUACAAGAAGAGUUACGGCAGCAGCACUAGCUCGGACACCGGUCACAGGAGUUACAGUAGCAGCACCGAUGGUGAACCCAACGAGCCUGAAGACAUGGAGCGCUGUGAGGACAUGGUCGCCACGGUGGUGAUCAAGCUGCAGGGUGUGCAGGCCAUGUACCAGCUCAGCCAGGAGGAACACGACCGGCUGCAAGACCGGCUGCAAAAGCUGGUAGACAGUCAGAAAGAGCUGAAGGAAGAGCUGGCCGCCUGUGAAAAGGAAUUCAAGGAAUGCAUGGAAAGUCUUGAGAAGCCCACUGCCUCCCCCAACGACAAGGACAAGAGCGAGAGCACUUCUACAGAGAUGUAUUUUUUCACCUUUAGUUAUUUUGGGUGUACUUGUCUCUUCAACUGGACUAUCAAGGAGCUGCAGGCCAAGCUGCGGGAGCUGCAGCUGCAGUACCAGGAGAGCAUGGACGAGCAGGGGCGGCUUCUGGCCGUGCAGGAGCAGCUGGAGGGCCAGCUACAGUGUUGCCAGGAAGAGCUCCGCCAGCUCAAGGAGAAGAAGCCCUCCAUUGCCAGAGAAACCAGGGGGAAAAGUGGCAACGAGAAUAUGAACAAAAAUGCCAACGGGGUUAAAAAUAAAAAGGGGACCAAACCAAGCCUGGCCGAUUCUGAGGGCAGCUGUGAGAACGAAAAGAGUCUGGAGGUGGUGUUGUACUACAAGGCCAGCCACACGGAUUUAGAUGGUCUACUACAAGAGGAAGUAGAGGAGGAAAAGGAGGAGGAAAUCAAAAAGGACAUGAAGCAGGACUCCUGCAAUGAACUGGUUUCUGUGCCGUCAGAGCCUACGGAGAUGAGGUCCCCAAAAGCUGAGGAGGGCUGUUACGAAGAGUCCCAAGAGCAGGAGGGCAAGGAAGAAGACGGCAAAGAUGAGAGCGACAAUGACGCUUGCCCCGAAGCUUCAGAGGGAAACAACCCCCUCAAGCUUUCUGAGAGCAAAAAGAACAUGUUUGGGAUGUGGAAGCCUAUGGUGUUCUUGGCUAUUGCGGCUGUGGCUCUGUAUGUGUUACCCAACAUGCGACCGCAGGAGUCAGAGUUCUGCCUCAUGGAGUGAUGGCAGACCUGGGCCAGCCGAGGGGGCAGAUCCCCAGUGGCCACUACCCUCAGCUUUGGGCAGGACACACUGUGCCAGAGCCCCCACCCCACCCAUGUGUCCCAUGUGUCCCCCAUCUCCUUAGCCUCAGUCACCCAGGCUGGAAAGGUUAUGGGGAGCUGCUGGCUGCCAUCUCCUGCCUUGUAUAAGAACCUGGGUUCUGUGUCAUUAAAUAUCAACCUAAUUACC